UGAAAGAGAGGUAGAUUUAAAUGGAACAAAUUUAUUUGGGCAAAACAAGCCGUCGACACCUAUUAUCUUUAUUUUUCAUGGAAUAAGAGUGGUCCAUAACUUACACUUAAGAUAUAUCUAGAUAAAUACCAAGGUUUCGGAAACAACACUUGGCUUUUGGAGAAAUGGAGGACAACCAUGGAGAAUUAGUUUGCACUGUAUGUAUGGAACACUUGUCUGCUUCAGGAGAAGUCAUCACAAAAAGUCUUCACAAAAAUGCCACUCUCAUUCUGGGUAGAAAUGAAUUCCAGGAUAUUGUUUUAAAAGUCGCACUUGGCAAGACAGACAAUAAAUACAUCAUGAAACAGUUUAAAGUGCACCACAAGUUUGCAAAAGAAGGAAAAGCAACUAUUAUGGUUCUUGAUAAGAGGAUAAGAUUCCUGUUGUCCAACAGUCCACCUGACAGACUGAAAAUGUUUCUUAGGUGUCUUUCUACAAAAUAUGAAUGCUUGAAACACACUGGGAUUGUUGGGGAACGAAAACGAUUUUUGUCAGAACUACCAAGAACUUUUCAAGAGAUUAGCCCACUCAGCAUGAAAGAUGUUCAAACUGUUCAUAAUAUCCGCACAAAGCAGGCCAAUCAAUCCUCAACUUUAAACCUGAAAAGAAAAAGACAGGAAGCAGCAGCAGAAAAGGAAAAUUUGCAGCCAAAGAAUUCUAAGGUAGCCAAACUAGAUAUAGGUCAGCCUGGCAGACCUUUGCCUCCUCAGGGAACCAAACUAACGGCUGAUCAAACUAAAGUAUUGAGAACAGUGCUGGGAGGGAGGAGUAUAUUCUUUACUGGAAGUGCUGGAACAGGAAAAUCAUACUUGCUGAGAAGGAUAAUUGGCGCUCUCCCACCACACCACACAUAUGCCACAGCUAGCACUGGUUUAGCAGCUUGUCACAUUGGAGGAACAACACUGCAUUCUUUUGCAGGCAUUGGUUCAGGGAAAGCCCCCAUUGAGCAGUGUGUUGAACUAGCCAACAGACCUGUGAUAGCCAAACAGUGGAGGCAGUGCAAUCACCUUAUCAUAGAUGAAGUAUCAAUGGUAGAUGGGGAAUUCUUCUCAAAGCUGGAGACUGUAGCUAGAGUUAUGAAGAAGAGCAAUGAGCCAUUUGGGGGAAUUCAGCUUAUAUUGUGUGGAGACUUCUUACAGCUACCUCCUGUGACCAAGGGGCAAGAAAAGAAGAAUUUCUGUUUUCAGUCAAGAGCCUGGCACAAAUGCAUUUCUGUGAAUAUGGAACUGCGGCAAGUUAUGAGGCAGUCAGACAAAAAAUUCGUGGAAAUUCUUCAGGAAGUAAGACAAGGAAGGUGUCCAGAGUUUGUAGAGAAGACCCUGCAUGCCACAAGCAAACAUGUCUUGGACAAAGAUGGCAUCCAGGCCACAAGGCUUUGUACUCACAAGGAGGAUGUGGGUCACAUUAAUCAGAUGCACUUGGACAGGCUUAAGGGGGAGGUGUAUGCAUAUCAGUCAUCAGAUAGUGACCAAGCCUCUCAGGGGCUUCUGAACACACUGUGUCCAGUUGGGGCUAGACUAGAGUUGAAGAUGGGGGCACAGGUGAUGCUCCUGAAGAACUUGGAUGCUCAGAGAGGUCUAGUGAAUGGUGCAAGAGGAGUCGUGACUGGCUUUAACAAUGAACACCAAGGUCUCCCUGUCGUUAAGUUCAUUGGAGGUGUUGAGACUACUGUGAGAUUUGAACGCUGGACUGUGAAAGCUAGUGGUGGCAUGCACCUAACCAGGAGACAGUUGCCAUUACAGUUAGCAUGGGCAAUAUCUAUACAUAAAAGUCAGGGUAUGACACUGGACUGUGUGGAGAUGUCACUAUCACGAGUAUUUGAGAGUGGACAAGCUUAUGUGGCCCUGUCCAGAGCUAAGAGUCUCCAGGGACUACGAGUGCUUGACUUUGAAAAGGACUGUGUUAGGGCCAACCCAGAGGUGUUGACAUUUUAUCGUAAUAUUCAGCUGCAUCAGAGAGUGCUCCAAGCAAAGGUGGAUGAUUUUAUGUAAGACGUUUGUUAUAUAUAUAUUGAUUUUAUUUGAACUGUUGUUAAUCGUGAAGUAGUGAUUAACUUAGUUUUUAAAGUAUGUGCAAUUUUUCAUCCGUUUGUGGAUGUCCUUGAGAUGACUACCUCUAUUUAUUUUAAAUGCAGAUCUGCUGACAUGAUUUAUAUUGUGACAUUCAGUGUUUUUUGCACACUAUUCAAAAUUUAUGAGAUUUAGCAUGGAUGCACAACAAUAACAAGCUAUAAACAGUAUUGGUUUAAAUUAAACAUUUUAAAGACUAAAUCAUAAAACUGUGAUUUGAAUAUGA